GAACCUUUCGUGAUUGUUGUAUCUAAAAGCCGCGAAAGCAGAGCUCUUAAACCCUAAGGCCUAAACCUCCGAAGAAUUAUUGAAUCGAAGAUGGACAAGAACAUGAUAGCAGACUUGGAGUCUCUUCCUGAAUCAGAUAAGGCUCGAAUGUCUACUCUGAUCGAACAGCUUCAGAUUCGCGACAGUCUAAGGAUGUAUAAUUCAUUGGUGGAGAGAUGUUUUACGGACUGUGUGGAUACUUUUCAACGCAAAUCCCUAACCAAGCAAGAGGAGACGUGUGUGCGUAGGUGUGCUGAGAAGUUCCUGAAGCACUCAAUGCGUGUUGGCAUGAGAUUUGCAGAGCUAAACCAAGGAGCACCUACAACUGAUUAAGUUGUUUCUGAAUAACUUAGGCGUACAACUCUUGUAAGACCCUGAUAUGGUCUUCUUAAAAGUUCAGUUUUUGUUGCUCAUUAAUGUUACUCCCUUUCCAUGAUAAGAAGACUGAUUAGUCUGUUCAUGCCCACUGGGUUUGGCAAUCAACAGGAUAUGAACAGAUUUUAUACAUAUAUAUUUAUAUAUGUUCCAUAUAAUCUGGGAAAGGAAUGAAUCAAAACUUAAUUUGAGUGCCUCCCAAUUUUGCUGA